AUGCAGAAGGUAUCUGAUUCAGUUACAUCAAUCUUCCAGUUGGAAACUAAGGAAGAACGCCUUGCCAAAUGCCUACAAGGGGGUUCAACCAUAGUUUACAGCGAAAAGUUUGGGUUGGGGUGGCGUUUUGGGCUGCAGUAUUCUCAAGAACGCUGGUCUUUUGCCAAAGUGAAGGUUUACCUCGAUCAUACCCAUUGUUCGCCAUCGGCGACAGACGCCGCCACGGUGACUGUUUGCCUUAAAGAUGGGUGUACUCCAGAGGUUCCUUCUUUUGACAGCAGGUCGGUCUCGAUUGCUGACUUUGGCCAUGGCCCCCCCUCGCUAAUUGGCUCGUUCUCGCCUUCCGUUAUUGCUGCACAUCCUUGCAUGUGGUUUACUGUCACUACGAAAGCAAAUUUUGCUCCAGUUAUCGCUGACCCCCUCAUCAAUACCGCAUCUGCUCUUAGGCAGUCCAUGAACAACGGCGAAUUCACCGACAUCAAGUACUAUGCCAUGUCCAAGCGUAGAACUCGGAGAUUUUUAGGAGAAACUCGUGCCGUAUAUGCGAAUAGUGCAAUUUUAGACCACGGCGCCGGUGUCGCGCCAGUCCUCCCUUCAUCUAUCAGUGAAGAUUCCUUACUCGUUCAUUACCUCAGCGAACAGAGGCUGAUGAUGGAUGCCGAGCAAUCAUUUGAUUUUGACCUCUCCGACAGCGACAUCGACUCGGAGGAAGAAGUAGAAGAGAAAACGAAGAAAACGAACGCGAAGGAAGUGCCUAGCAAGCCCCCACCUUAUCGCAGAAGCUAUUCCGUUGUGGCGGAACCUUCUGAGUUUGAUGCGUCCAGUGAUAUCACUUCCGAGAGCAGUGCUUUAAGUUCGGAUGAUGACAACGACAACUGGACGGAAUGGACGACUCGGCGGCAUCCAGGUUUUCGCUCGACGGACACAUUGAGGGCUGAGCCACAGCCUCGACCCUUUUCUCCGAUACAGCAAUUAGUGUUGGUUCGGAACACGGCAUUCGCGACCUGGGCAUCCUAUGUAUACUAUUGUUACACUGGCCAGGUUACUUUCUACCCCCUAAAGUCCAAAGAUCCGCUCGGCCGGCGCAACAACACAACUCAAACUUUACGCUGCUCUCCCAGGUCAAUGUACCGACUCGCCUUGAAGUUCAAGAACGCGCGUUUAGAAGCUCUGGCAUUCCGGGCAAUUAAAUCUAAUUUAUCCCAGAAAAAUAUCUUGGAUGAGGCGUUCUCACAGUUCACAGCUCAGUACCCUGAUAUCCAAAAAAUGGAACUAGAACUCCUGAUGGAGUUCCGCAGUGCACCCGAAGUUGCAAAACGUCUGGAACAGGUCUCUGAGAGUGUUUCCCGAGGAGAAAGGCCUUAUGCACAUGCCAUGCUUCAUGGCUUUUUAAUAAAUUUGACGGGACAGCGAGCAGGUGGUACGAAGUGA